AAAUUUUGACCCACAGAAAAGAUUUUUCACGAAGUUACCUGGCAAUGGCAUCUUAGAUCCAUGAACGAAAUCACUGGUGGACUUGGUCUAAGUUAGGAGUCCUUUUUCGUAGGAAAAGGGACAAAGAGCUUUCGCUUAGACUACUUUUUCUACUAUACAGUCAAUAAAGGUCUUACGUUAGUGCGUUCUUGUUUCCAGAUGACCAAUUCGGACAGAAGUUCUUAUAAUUCCUUCAAACCGCGUUUCCGCCCUCUAUGAUUUUGUGAUAUGCAUAGCAUAGUUAUAUAUGUAGUUCCAUUUUCCGUUGGUUUCUUGUUCUCAUUCCAAUUUUAAAACAUGGGUUCAUCGUCCCCUUACAUGUUCAUGUUCAUGUUCAUGUCCAUACAAGCUUGUUUUUGUGGUGGCAUCGAGGUAUAUGAAAGGUGCACGGUCAGCAAGGGAGAUUUGUUUUCCAGGAAUUCAUGUUCUGGCAGUUCUGCAAGAAAUGCUUAUGACAAGUCCCGCGAACCUGCAGUACUUUCUCAGCCAUCCUCGUCUAAACCAGCAUCACAGCACAUUGUUCCAUCACUUUCUCAGCCAACCUCGUCUCCACCAGCAUCACAACCCAUUGCUCCACCAGGAGUCCCAGAUUUUCCCAAAUCUCCGUCUCCAGCUCAGUUCAGUGCGCCAGCACCACAACCCAUUGGAUUUGGGCCAUCAAGAGAUUCAAGAAUCCGAGGUUUCGGUCUUCCCUCUCGAUUCCCAGAUCCAUAUUCUUCGAAGCUCCUGUGGCAGAAAAUUGCAAUUGCCAUUUCUGCAGCAGUGGCUGCGAUUGUAGUAACCUUUUGUUUGAUUAUCUAUUGCGUUAAGAGAAGGCACUUCUCAAGUAACGCAAUGGUCAAUAAAAGUGGUGCAAAAAAUUAUCAAGUCAUUGAUGAGGAAAUCAUGAGGAACUGCGGAUCAAUAGCCCCAAAGCGAUAUACAUAUUCAGAUGUGAAGAAAUUGACCAACUCAUUCAAAGAUAAAGUAGGACAAGGAGGAUACGGUGUUGUAUACAAAGGGAAGCUACCUGAUGGGCGUAUGGUGGCAGUGAAAAUCCUCAACAAGUCCAAAGGUAAUGGAGAAGAAUUUAUCAACGAAGUGGCUAGCAUUAGCAGAACAUCGCAUGUUAAUAUAGUCACUCUUCUAGGUUUUUGCUACGAGAGAAGUAAAAGAGCCCUGAUCUAUGAAUUCAUGCCUAAUGGAUCUCUUGAUAAGUUCAUAUAUGAUAAAGGAUCUCAAAUUACAAAUUGUCACUUGGAUAGCAAGACUAUGUUCCAAAUUGCGGUUGGCAUUGCUCGAGGACUAGAAUACUUGCACCGUGGUUGUAACACAAGGAUCCUACAUUUUGACAUAAAACCCCACAAUAUACUUUUGGAUGAAGAUUUGCGCCCAAAAAUAUCUGAUUUUGGCCUUGCUAAACGAUGCAAAACAAAGGAGAGCAUUGUGUUAUUGACGGGCAUGAGAGGGACUGCAGGAUUUAUUGCACCAGAAGUAUUUAGUCGGAACUUUGGUGGAGUCUCUCACAAGUCUGACGUUUACAGCUACGGAAUGUUGGUUCUUGAAAUGGUUGGAGGAAGAAAAAAUUUUGAUGGUGAACUCUCUCACACCAGUGAGAUAUAUUUUCCACAUUGGAUUUAUACGAAGCUUGAGCAGGACAAAGAUUCUACUACUUUUGGGGAAACAAUAGAAGAUGAGGUAGACGAGAUAACAAAAAAGAUGACAAUAGUUAGUUUGUGGUGCAUUCAGACCAAACCUUCAGAUAGGCCAUCAAUUGGUAAGGUGAUAGAGAUGUUAGAAGGAACCCUUCAAUCCUUACCAUUUCCACCAAAGCCUUUCUUGGAUUCACCUACGAGGUCACCUUAAGAUUCUUCUAUGACUUCAUAAUCAUAAAAAUCCAACAUAUAAAAUAGGUGCAACUGUAUCUAAAAUUGAAAGAAGAAUAGAUGAUCUCAUUGCUGUGUUUUGCUUGCGUACAUAGUUACAUAAUGUUGUAUAUAUCAAUUUUACAUUGAGACAAAUCGCACGUACGGAAUAUGGAGAAGAUUUCAUGAAAAAUGUCACACCAUAUCCUACUCGAUGUGGUGAUCAUAGACAUUUCUCUAGGCUUACAUGGGCGUUGGAUUAUUGUAUUGCAGUCUAACUUAUUGAUAUUUAGAGAUUGAUUGCAACAUGUUUUUUCUUGCAAUCGUUCAUCU